UUUACACACAAUUUCAAUCCCAUGUCGAAGCAGAAUUAUACGAUCAUUUAGGCGGCCAGGCUUUUAUCAUUAUUUAUUAUGGUAUAGCAUUCUUCAGCUACAAGUCCUAACUUCACCAUUAUCUUUGGAAGUCAUUCACGAUGCCCAAAGCCACAUCAUCUCGCUCGGCCGCUGUUGGCCGUAGACACAAUCCUCUAGCUGAAGAUAUCGUGACUACAGGCCAUUUACGGACCCAUUCCAGCAAAAGUAGCAAACGCAAGUUGCGAUCCGACGAAGAUCAAGAUGAUGGUGAACGUUUCAUCGAUGCAAAAAUGUCUCGCAAAAUCUUGCAGAUUGGGCAGGAACUAGCGGACGAAGAUGCUGCUGAGCAAAGGGCUUCAUUGGGAACUACAGCAAUGAAAGAUAAUACGGCAUUUGAUUUUGAAUCUCGAUUUGAGGAUGAUGAGGCUCUUUCCGAUGACGAAAAGUUUCAGGAUGACCCAUGGGGUGAUGAGGAAGAAAUUGAGCAAGUGGAGGUCGAUCCAAAUGACCUUGACAUGUUCCAUAAAUUUGUUCCCGGUGGCGACGAAGAUCCUAUAUUCAAUCCUAGUGAACAGGGCGCUGGUGGUCAGAGCACAAAUCUAGCCGAUCUCAUCCUUGAGAAGAUUGCCGAACAUGAAGCAAAGCAAAACGGAGAUAACGGUCCCUUCAUCCAGGGCGGAGGGCUGCCGGAAGAUGCAGUUCAGAUACCAGCCAAGGCAGUCGAAGUAUAUGAGAAAGUCGGUAUGAUCCUCUCCCGCUACAAAUCCGGGCCACUUCCCAAGCCUUUCAAAAUUCUUCCUUCUGUUCCCAAUUGGCCGACUCUCCUUUCUAUCACUCGACCGGAGUCAUGGACCGCCAACGCUGUUUAUGCCGGAACCAGGAUCUUCAUCUCAUCGAAACCCAUAGUUGCCCAGGAGUUUAUCUCAACAGUACUCCUAGAUCGGGUUCGAGAAGAAAUCCACGAGACUAAGAAGCUCAACGUGCAUACGUACAACUCAUUGAGGAAGGCACUAUACAAGCCCGCCUGCUUCUUUAAAGGGUUACUGUUUCCCCUUGUCUCUAGCGGAACUUGCACGUUACGCGAAGCACAUAUUGUCUCCUCGGUCAUUGCCCGUGUAUCCAUCCCGGUGUUGCAUUCCGCAGCCGCUUUGUUGCGCAUGUGCGAUCUUGCUGCGGAGCAGUCUCUGAGGUCACUGGAAAGUACCGGCGCGGUGAAUAUGUUCAUUAGGGUGUUCUUGGAGAAGAAGUAUGCUCUUCCUUACAAAGUCAUUGAUGCGCUAGUCUUCCACUUCCUACGGUUUCGGGCGAGCGACAACGAUGAGGAUUCAAUGAUGACGAAUGGACGUUCACGAGACACCAACAAAGCGUAUAAGCUUCCCGUUCUUUGGCACCAGUCACUCUUGGUCUUCGCACAGCGUUACCGCAAUGACAUCACCGAAGAUCAACGCGAGGCGCUUCUGGACUUACUCUUGGUGCGCGGGCACAAAGAUAUUGGCCCUGAAGUCAGGCGGGAACUGUUGGCUGGCCGAGGUCGAGGUGUUGUCGUGCCUGAUCCCGAGAAGCAAGGCGCCCUCGACGCUGGAGAUGAUACGAUGGACGUUACCAUGUAGAUGUGUAUACAUUGAUGAAUAUUUAUUUACUUAUUUCCUUCACCCCUUUCUCGUCUGACUUCAUCCUAUGGUUUUGAUCUUGAGUCGCGAUCUGGAUCGGCGUUAACGUGGCAUGAUGUCUUUUCUUCAUUUUCUUCAAAAUUUCUCUUGGUUUUUGUAUAUAUUCCCAUGGUAUCAAAUGAAUUAUUGGUUUAGUGCCUAUGAUAUUGGGGACAAGAGUAGACUGU